AUGAGCGCAUUUUCUGUCUUAAAUGCUAGCAACAUUUCGCAGGCUGACUCCCUCGAGGACAGUGGCAAUUGGACGGUGAUAACCCAGUUUACCCAGCCAGGAUGGCAAAUUGCUUUGUGGGCUAUCACCUAUUCCUUCAUUGUUAUCACGUCCAUCAUCGGCAACGUCACCAUCAUCUGGAUUAUUCUUGCACACAGGAGAAUGAGGACUGCUACCAAUUACUUUAUCGUUAAUUUGGCUCUUUCGGAUUUGCUUAUGUCCACUUUCAAUACCAUCUUCAAUUUUAUUUACGCCAGUCACAACGUCUGGUAUUUUGGCGAGGAAUUCUGCAGGUUUCAGAACUGGUUCCCCAUCACCGCAAUGUUUGUGAGCAUUUACUCCAUGACAGCCAUUGCUGCAGAGAGGUAUGUAGCAAUAAUUCAUCCCUUCAAGCCCCGGCUUUCUGCUGGAAGCACCAGAGUCAUCAUAGGGAUAAUCUGGCUGGUGGCGUUUGGGCUCGCCUUUCCCCAGUGCUUCUACGCCGAGAUCAUGACGGACAACGGAACAACAAAAUGCAUCGUCGUCUGGCCCGAUGAUGUUGGAUCCAAGCACCAGCUCACGUAUCACAUUGCAGUGAUCGUCUUGAUUUAUUUACUGCCUUUAAUGGUGAUGUUUGUUGCAUACAGCAUUAUAGGAAUUACGCUGUGGAGCAGUGCGGUUCCAGGCAACCACCUUAACAGAGUCCGCUAUGAACACCAAGUUAAUGCCAAAAAAAAGUUCGUGAAGACCAUGGUGGUAGUUGUGAUCAUUUUUGCUGUCUGCUGGCUGCCCUAUCACAUAUACUUCAUCCUGGGGAACUUCAAGGAAGACAUCUACCAACAGAAGUACAUUCAGCAGGUUUAUCUUGCAAUCUUUCUCCUUGCCAUGAGUUCAACGAUGUACAACCCCAUCAUAUACUGCUGUCUUAACCAAAGGUUUCGUUCUGGCUUCAAAUUAGCCUUCCGGUGGUGUCCGUGUAUAAAAGCCACUGAGAAAGACAAACUUAAACUUACAUCCCCAUCUCUUUACCAGACAACCCACAGGAAGUCAAGAACAACAAGUUUCAGCACAGAAACUCAAUUGAAUGAGAAAGAAAAAACAUCAUUUACCCUCACUCAGCUAACGCUUUGA